AUGAGCGGGCAGGCUCCUGGCGGGCACACAAUAAAAGAAUCCGAAGCCAACAACGCUAAUGGCGUCCUAUCCCAAGACGAAGAUCACCUGCUCGCCCCCUUUGAGUAUAUCCGGGAACGUGCCGGGAAAAAGGUACGAACCAAGCUAGCGAUGGCCUUCAAUGAAUGGAUGCAGAUCCCCGAGCAGAAAUUGUCACAGAUCAUGGAUAUUGUUGAAUUGCUGCAUAACGCCUCGCUGAUGAUAGACGACAUUGAGGACAACUCUGUCCUACGCCGCGGCCAGCCUUGUACCCAUCGAAUUUACGGCAUCGCUCGCACGAUAAACUCAGCCAACUACGUCUACUUUAUUGCACAGCAGCGGUGUCUGGCGCUUGGGGAAACAGUUGCAAAAAUUUUCACAGAGCAAAUGCUCGAGCUGCAUCGCGGGCAGGGCAAAGAAAUCUUCUGGCGGGAUUCCGUGGUGUGCCCGAGCGAGAGCGAGUACGAGACGAUGGUGUUGCAGAAAACCGGCGGGCUUUUUAUGCUGGCCAUUCGCUCAAUGCAAGUCUUCUCCAACGUUCCCGAGCAGAAGGAUUUCACCUCACUCCUACGCAACUUGGCUGUAUAUUUCCAAAUUCGAGACGACUAUUUGAAUCUUUGCUCGGCGGACAUGCAUGCGGCGAAGAGCUACGCCGAAGACCUGACCGAGGGCAAAUUUUCCUACCCGAUCAUCAAAGCCAUCAAGUCCAAGGCGGCUGGGAACGACGAUGAAGUGCUGAAUAUUCUGCGGCAACGCACCGAGGAUAUCGAGCUGAAAAAGUUUUGCGUGUCGCUGAUCCAGUCCCGAGGAGCCUUCGAUAGCACCCUGGCCCGUCUGAAGGAAUUGGCGGCGGACAUCAUGGAGAACGUCCAGCAGUUGGGCGAAAACACACAAAUAAUGCAGUUGAUCGACCUGCUGAACAAGGACCUCAUCGCAUCA